AUGAAAAAUAGUAAAGAAACAGCAGAACUACUGAUUACACAUGGUGCAAAUAUCAAUGAGAAAGAUAAAUAUGGAAACAUUCCACUUCAUAAUGCAACAAUAAAUAAUAGUAAAGAAAUAGCCGAACUUCUUAUUUCACAGGGUGCAAAUAUUAAUGAAAAAAAUAACGAUGGUAAAACAGCUCUUCAUCAUGCAGCAAUAUGGAAUAGUAAAGAAACAGCAGAGGUUCUCAUUUCAAAUGGUAUAAAUAUCAAUGAAAAAGAUAACGAUGGAAAAACAGCUCUUCAUGAUGCAGCAGAAAUGUAUCAAAAUAAAGAAACAGUCGAAAUUCUUAUUUCACGUGGUGCAAAUAUCAAUGAAAAAGAUAAAAAUGGAGAAACCGCACUUCAUAUUGCAGCAAUGAAUAGUGUUGAAGAAACAUCCGAACUUCUUAUUUCACACGGUGCAAAUAUCAAUGAAAAAAUAACGAUGGAAAAACAGCUCUUCAUCAUGCAGCAUCAAGGAAUAGUAAAGAAACAGCAGAACUUCUUAUUUCAAAUGGUGCAAAUAUCAAUGAAAAAGAUAACGAUGGAAAAACAGCUCUUCAUUAUGCAGCAAUGA